AUGGGGUCCAGAUCCAAAAGAACAAUACGUAGAAAUGGACGUCAAUUAGAAAAAUCCAUAAGAGAAAUAAGUGCAUUAGAAAAGAAAACAGAAACAUUAAUUAAAUCAAGUGCUAGAAAAGAAGAUAAUAAAGCUGUUAAAAUAUAUGCAAAGGAAUUAUAUGGUAUUAAGAAACAAAAAUCAAGAUUACACAAGAGUAAAGCACAAUUAGAUAGUGUUGGAAUGCAAAUUGAUGAAAGUUUUGGUAUGCUUAAAUUACAAGAAAAUAUGAAAUUAAGUUCUGGUAUAAUGAAAGAAGUUAAUUCUUUAGUUAAAUUACCAGAAUUAACCGGGACAAUGAGAGAUCUUUCACAAGAAUUAGUUAAAAGUGGUAUAAUAAAUGAAAUGGUUGGUGAUACAGUUGAUUUAUUAGAUGAAAAUGAUGAAUUAGAAGAUGAAGAAGUUGAUGAAGAAGUUAAUAAAAUCAUUAGUGAUUUAACUAAAGAUAAAUUUAAUAAGAUUGAUAAUGCUCCUGAUACUAAAUUAGAAACUCCUCAAGUUGAAGAACCUGCUGUUGAGGAAGAUGAAGAUGAUGAACAAGUUCUCAAUGAAAUGAGAGAAAGAUUAAAAGCAUUGCAAAAUUAA